GUCAGUGUUCUGUAUUCUGCGUUUACAUACAGCAUUUUGGAGCGGAGAAAUUCUUUGUUCAUUUUUUUAUAAAUUCAAGUUUUUAUGUAUUUCUUCCUAAAAAUAUAAUGGCUAUUCGAUUUCUAUAAAUUUACUGCUCACGUUCAUUUCACGCGAAGAGAUAUUUCCUAAAAUCACAAUGACAUCUGGCAACAACAUUGAAUCGGAAUACUUACAGCUGAAUGCUAAAAAUGAAUGGCAAAUUCUUUAUCAGAGAAUCCGCAAUCAGAGUUAUAAAGACAAUAUAUACACAGAAGCUGUCAAACCACAAAAUAAGAUUUUAAAUAGGUACAGAGAUGUGAAUCCUUAUGAUCAUAGCAGGAUAGUAUUGAACCGUAAUUCAAUAGAUUAUAUUAAUGCUAAUCUUGUUAAAGUUGAAAGAGCGAAUAGACAGUAUAUUCUCACCCAAGGACCGUUAUCUAAUACUUACAGUCAUUUUUGGUUGAUGAUAUGGGAGCAACAGACCAAAGCGGUAGUCAUGUUAAAUAAAUUGGUAGAAAAAAAGCAAGACAAAUGUUAUCAAUAUUGGCCGUCCAAAAUUGGUUCAGAACAUAUAAUGAAACUUGAAGACGUCGGAUUAACUGUAGAAUAUUUAGAACAGCAAGACCAUUCUUAUUAUUUAACACGACUGCUUAGACUGACUGAUACCGAAAGUGGCAAAUCUCGUGAUAUCAUACAAUUUCAUUAUACAACUUGGCCAGAUUUCGGAGUUCCUUGUUCACCUACAGCGUUUUUAGAAUUCCUUAAAAAAGUUAGAGAUGCAGGAGGAUUGGAAGCAGACGUCGGACCUGCAGUGGUGCAUUGCUCUGCAGGUAUUGGUAGAUCUGGGACGUUUUGUUUAGUUGAUUCUUGUUUAGUUUUGAUCGAAAAAUAUGGUAUAAAUUCCGUGGACGUUAAAGAAAUUCUAUUAGAAAUGAGGAAAUAUCGAAUGGGUUUAAUUCAGACCGCCGAACAGUUGAGGUUUUCAUAUCAAGCUAUCAUAGAAGGAACUAAACAAAUAUUUAAUCAAAAUUCAGAUGAUAAUAAGGACAACCAUGUAGUAAUAAGUAACAACAUAUCGCCAAAUGUUUCGGAAGAAAAUUCCGAAUCUGAAGACGAACCUCCACCAUUACCUCCCCCCCGAAUGGAAAGUCUCAAUAAAACAAAUGGAAAUGGUAUUGAUAGGCCUCUUCCACUUAUACCAAAAAGUAUAUCUGAGGAUAACGGUUGGAAUUUCGAAAACAAAGAAUACCAAGACGAAGAGCUGCAGUCUUACAUACCCAGUGGUCCUUUACCAGUUGUCCCUGGAGAUGAACUUAGCGAAGAAGAUGAAUUAGAAGAAGAGGAUGAUGAUGACGAAGAAGUUAGAUCUGAAAGUCCUGUUUCGGAUCACUCGGAUUUAAUUAACUCCAAACAAAGCUCCGAGUUAAGACAACGAAAUCGAUUGGAGAGAAAAGAAAAAUUGGAGGCGCAAGUUAGAGAUAUGAAACGUCGUCAACAAGCCAACGAACAGUGGACGCAAUUGAAGAGGUCUUUAUAUUUACCUUUAGUUAUAGGAGGCACCCUUAUUUUGGGCGGUGGUCUCAUUGCUUACUUUUAUUUCAAAGAUUGAACGGACUAAUCGCACUUUUUUUGUAUUUAUUAUUUACCAGCUGAUAUAGAUUGUUAAGUUUAGAAAAUGGGGGUUGUCGCAUUUGUUUUUAUUUUCUAAAAUACUUUUUUUUGUGUUGUUUUGCCCUCUUUCUAGGCAAAUAUUCUUUAGUGGUCGUAGUCGAAACUGAAUAAGGUAUUGUGUCCAGUAAUAGUUCCCAUUUUAUGAAUUAAUCAUUAAUACAAAACAUAAUUGUCAAAUUUUAAAUUUUAUAGAUUUUUUUUUUUGAUAAUUAAACAUUUAUUUUCGAUUUAGGUAAACUAGAACUAUUUGGUUGGUGCUUCCAGUAUCUUUUUUAUAGGUUUACAAACUCAUUUAUAAGCUUAGUAUCCGCCAAUUUGUCAACACAACAACCCUCUCUUUAUGUCGAAAUUAGAUUUACAUUUUGUUUUUUAAUCACAUCUUAUAAAAAUUAAUUUUGUCGCUCCAAUCGAAAAAUGACAUUGUGAGACAAAAUAGUUGAAAUUCGUUGCCAAAGUGUUAGUUCCGUUGCUCCUGUUAUUCUUUAAAAUCUAAUUUUGGAAGCUCCGGAAAUACUUUUCUAAUUACUUGCUAAUGGAUUUUAUUAUAAUUAUCUACAGCAACAAAGUAGGAUUUGGCAAUUAUAUGUUUCACUAAAAUAUCCCAAAAAGGAAUUAAAUCAGCUUGAGUAUUUUGAAUUACUUUUGCUAUCAUCUAGAAUAUGUUGCUAAUAUAUUUUGUUAUAAUUACUUAAAGAAAAAAGAAAUCAGACAUUUUUUUUUAAAUAAUACACCGGCAUAAAAAUUUUGUUUGAAUACUUCAAAGUCCGUUUCCAUACAUAAUCAGCAAAAAAAGAAGGAAACGACUACAUUGUUUCGAGAAAAAUAUUUUAAAUUUCAAUUAUAUCAACUUAACAGAUAUUUUUAAUAACUUUGCUAAUAAACUUUGCUCUAAUUGCAUACAGAAUCAACAACAAAAUGAUAAUAAGAAAACAGACAUGUUUUUGGGAACCAUACAACGGUAUUAAAAUAUUUGUUGCCUCACAAUUGGUUUUAAAUGCCAUAAAGUCCGCUUAGCAACAUUGCUAAUAGAUUUUGCAAUAAUUGUGUACAGAACAGCAACAAAAUACAAAAACAAAAAAUCGUACAUGUUUUUUCAGAUCAAUACAGUAGAUAGAAAUUUGUCAACUUCCCAUAGUUCUAUUUAAAUUGACUCAUUAAUACAUUUUGCUAAAAUAAUUAAGGUAAUUAAGAACUAGCAAAUUUCGAUUACAGUGUUGAAGAAAAUGUCUGUUGUUACGUUUAGUUUUAUUGUUGAUUGUGCAGACAAUUAUUAUAGUAAAAUGCAUCAGUAACAAAUUCCAAAUGAUCUCAAUGCUACCUAAAUCUGACAAAAUUCAUUUUUUGCAUAUUUUUUUUUUUAAAGUAGGCAGAUUUCUUUUUUCUAAUUUGUUGAUGUCUCUGUAGACAAUCGUUAUAGUAAAAUUUAUUAGUAGGAAAUUCCAAAUGAUCUCAAAGGUAUUUUUAAUACAUUCGAUUAAGAGGAAUUGACUGUAGCAAUAAAAUUAUUUGUUCGAUAAACUAAUUAGCUGCUAAUUCUCCAAUGAAACUAGUUUAAUUUUGGUGACUUGUCACUAGUAGCUUUUUAGACCUUUUUGCAUGACUCGUUUUUGUUCUUUCGAUAUAAAAUUAUUCCUUCUUAUCGUCUUAAAACUCGUCCUUGAAUGAAUUCAAUUUUGUUAAAUGGAUAAAAUAUAAAUUAAAACAAACUCUCGUUACCCUUAAAGAGGGCAAAAAAUAUAUUUCUAUAUAAAAAAAUUAGACUGAACGAGUGCUAUAACUCCUCUUUAUGUCUUGCUGAUAUUGCGCAAGAUAUAUUUUGUAUAUUCUAUAAUGUAUCAGGUGAUCACAAAAUGUUUUUGGUAGCACUGGCAACUUUAUCUAUAAUUGUUUUUGUUGAAGAAAAGAAACAUAUCAGUAAUUUCAUGUUAUUUAUGUGAUUUUUUCUUGAAAUAAUCUUCCGUAUCGUUUCAAUUUGUAAUUGCCAAAAUAUCGGUUUUGGAUAACGAAAAUCAAAAGUAAUUUGGUGUAUCUUCCAUUUAAUUUUGUUCAUAUUGUAUGUGAAUGUUGAAGAUGAACCAGUGGCAAAAUUAAACUCAAUUGGAGUCAAAUUCAAAUUAUGAUUCAAAAAGUGAAUUUGCAUUUUUGAAUUAGUGUUUAUUUUAGCACAAAUUUAAACGAUUUGCAAAGAAAAAUGUUUCGAGUUGUUGAAAAAUUACUUCGAACAUCUUUUUUUUGAAAAUAUUCCAAAAAUAUAUGUUUUGUAUAAAAUUUUGUAUUUGGGAUAUUGACAACUAACGAUUUAACUUUAUAGUACCGUUAUAAAAUUUUUAAAUCUCUUAUUAGACUUAUUAGGUACGAUUAAAACAAAAAUAUUUAUCGGAAUAGUUUCCAAAAAAGCUAUUUGGGGUAUUUUUCAAUAUUUAUACCUCUUUUCUCAUCUACCACCACUUCUUUUAAAUCCUUUGAGUGUGUAAAAAUGUAUCUAUAUCCCAAAAUGCAUUUUUUCUUUUUGAGUCGUGAUUUAAUUGGACUAUUUCGAUUUUUGAUUUCAAAUUUGUGUUUUUUCAAUUACUAACUCAGUAUUUGAAGUAUAAUCAAUCCUGGCGGUAUUUGAAGGAUCAUUUAUUGAUCAAUUUAUAUCAUUCGCACUAAUAUUGAGUUCGCUGUUCCGGAAAAAUAGUGAUGUAAAUGUCAAAACAUCAAUUUUAUAGAAGAGAAAAAAACAAUUUGCAAUUGUAUAAAACAACAAUGUAAUGAGACCUUGUAGAAUAUUUAUUUAAAUUUCAUUUUCCAUUGAUUAGGACGUAAUCACCCUAAUUACAACCCGUAAGUGCAUACCGUCAACUCUUUCAGAGAUUUCAUGGAAAUUUCUUCUCCGAUCAUAAGAGAUGAAAAAAAAAGAGUGGGAGUCACUUUAGGUUUUUGUCAGAAAUAGCAUUUGUCAUUUUUGAUCCACGUGUCAUUGCAUGAAGUCACUUCAUUGAACGAAGGUAAAAUAAGUUGAUAUUCAGAUUAUGAUUGGAACUGGAACUACAGUUACGUCCAUAAUUAGUCUAAUAUUAUCUAAAAAUUUAUUACCAUUUAAUAUUUUUGAAGUGCAUCAUUGUUCUUCCGGAACAUCGAUAUAUACUUUUUGAGAUAUAACCUUUAUUUGGUGUGUUUCAUAAAAACGCUUGCUAAAAAAACAGUUUAAGUCUGUUAUUUUAUAAAACUAUCAUAUCAGGUUUGUUCUUAAGUUCAUAGGACAUUGAAUUUCAAAAAUAGAUCAUUAUCAACCUUUUUCGUUGGUACCAUUUUAUAUCCACAGUGCUUUUCAAACCGUCUUACAUCAUUUAAGAUCUGCAAUUACUAUUUUUUACAAAAAUGAUUAUCUUACGCAAUAUAAGAGAUCUAAAAAAUAUUUGUCUGUACAUUUAUUGAUCUAUUCUAAAGGAAACGAUAUCCGAAAAAAAUGCAAUAUGAUAAACACUUUUUAUACGACACUUUACAAUAUUUCUAUAGGGCAAAUUUAUCUAAUAGGAAAAAAAAAUAAAUGAAAUUACUUGUAGUAGGAAAGAAGACAGGUCAAAAGACUGAAAAACAAUUACUCCCAAUUGAAUGCAGUAUUUGUCGGAAUUUGAAUGAAUAUUUAAUUGAACAGGAAUGUGGACAUUAUUCAUUUGAUAAUUUAGAACAAUAAUUUAAUAUCUUUUUAAGAUUUUUUUUCCUUAACUCUUAUUAACCAUACAAAAUCUCAUAUUAUUAUAUAUUUCUUAUCAACAACUUCAUCUUUCUGAAAAUCUAUUGUGAUUUGAGUAUAAAUCAGGGAGUCCCUUGAUUUAUUUUGAUUUUUCUAAUAAUUCAUCAAUGAUUUUUUAUUCUAUAUGUAUAAUUCUUUUUUAUAUUGCUGGAUUACUCACAAAUAAUCGAUUACAAAAUGGUUAUUUCACAGAUAAACAAUCUUAUUUUCUUAUCUUAUCAAUAUUUCUCUCAUUGUAUGGAGUUUUUGCUAAUUCGGUACCAAUUAUUCUAUUCCAAACACCACAACAAUUUUCUGAAUAGUAAUUUUAUUUCUCUCAUAAGGAGCUUUUUCAUACUACCUACCUACGAACUUUUUUGAUAUUUCUCUCAUAAUAUGGAGCUUUUCCAAAAUCCCCACCGACUUUAUCAAUACUUUUUUCAUCAUAUGGAGCUUUUUUUAGCCCCAUACCAAUUUUCCCAAUUAAUUUAUUUUCCUUGAAAGGAGCAUUUUCAAACAUUACCACUAUUUUAUGAAUAGUGAUUCUAUCUCUGCCAUAAGGAGCUUUUUCAACCUUCCCACCAACGUCUGCAAUAAUUUUUGUCAUUUAUGGAGCUUUUCCUAAAACGCUACUAAUUUCUAAAGUAUUUUAUAAAUGGUUCUUCUUCAAAUACCACAAUAAUUUGAUGAGUAGUGAUUUUUUCUUUGAUAAGGGGCUUUUUCAAACUCCCUCAAUAUUUUUCUCAUCAUUUGGAGCUUUUCCUAAGUCCCUAACGACUUACAACACUCAACGAAAAUCAUUUUCAAUAUAAUUUCUAUGGUUAAUAAGUGUGAGAAAGUUAAAAUAAUUCUUCAAUGGGGAAGUUUAAAAACUAAUGAAGAACUUGCUAAUAUUUCUCCUAAAACUGAUUUCGAUCACAUUAACUUUGGACAUUCAAUAUCCGGCUGAAGUUGAAAGAAACUGAAGUGAUUUACUUCCAUAAGACACCGAUUUCCAAAUUUCUUUCUUAGAAAAUUUUUCAGAGAAAGGAUAUGAACCAAUAAAAAACUUUUAGGUUCAUUCUUGUGGAUUUGUCUUGUACUCUUCGAUGCCUAUUUAACCAAGAACUCAAACCAUAGACACUGUCUUGUCUCAAUAAUUAUCCCAUUUUAAACUCAAAGUUUCAUGAAGUCAUACGAUUGAUUAUAUAGUUUCGGUGUAAUAUAAGCCUACCGGUGAAUGGUAUGAGUAACAAUUUACUUUUAGCUUCAUUCUUAUCGACUUGUCUUGUACUCUUCCAUGCUUAUUUAACCAAGAACUCAAACCAUAGACACUGUCUUGUCUCAAUAAUUAUCCCAUUUUAAACUCAAAGUUUCAUGAAGUCAUACGAUUGAUUAUAUAGUUUCGGUGUAAUAUAAGCCUACCGGUGAAUGGUAUGAGUAACAAUUUACUUUUAGCUUCAUUCUUGUCGACUUGUCUUGUACUCUUCCAUGCUUAUUUAACCAGGAACUCAAACCAUAGGCACUGUUAUUCUUGUCUCAAUAAUUAUCCCAUUUUAAACACAAAGUUUCAUGAAGUCAUACGAUUGAUUAUAUAGUUUCGGUGUAAUAUUAGCUAACCAGGUAAUAGUUGUUUAAUUUCCCAAUUUUUUAAAGAUUAUUAGUUCAUUUAUAUCAUACGAAUAUGUCCACAGUAAGAAAAUAUAUUAAUUCCCAGUAAAUGUUAUUUUAUUUGUGAAAAUAUAUGGUUUAAUUUGCAGACAUACGUUCACAUUUGUUUAUAAUUAACAUUAGUAGACAUUUAUUUACAAUAAACUUAUGUGAACCGAAUAGCUAAAUGUGAUGGCGCUUCUGUAUACCGUUUGAUCCACCUCCGAUCAUUGCAACACUUCUUUUAGGAUCAAUAUUUGAUAAACUUUUAAAUGUUUGUGGUAAAAAAAUCGUCAGUUUUAAGGCUCCAAUUUGGUAACACUUGAUAAUGUGGGUAACCGCCCUUUGUACCUUUAGAUACGACAGCUUUUGUUUAUUUUUUAAAUGUUAUUUGACUUUUGUUGAUUGAUAUUUAAAUUUAAAUACCUGUCACCUUCUAAACAAGAAUAUACGAGGUGUGUUCAUGAACUUCAAUCAGAUGAAUGCUUUUAAUUUCAUGUGUGCCAUAAAAUAAUGACCCUUUAAGGUUCUGUUUCUUAUUAAAAGUUCUAAGGCAAUUAUUUUUUACUAAACCCGAGUGUUUUUUAUGAUUUUUUCAGGUAAAUUAUCUUAAACUGGUUAGUUACGGAUCAUUCAUAAUCAUUUCUUUUAUUUUUCUGUUUACCUCGGUUCUUGAUGUCCUGUCGUCACUAUCAUCUUGGAAAUGCUUAUAACAGUCCAGUACUUUGCUGCACUCACUUUUUUUCAUUUUUUAUUUCUCACACUUCAAAGGCAUUCACAGAAAAAAUUCCCAACUGGCCAAAUUUGAAAAUUCUCAAUAUUUUCUGAACACACCUUGUAAAUUUCGAUAACACUAUUGAAUACUCAUACAUGAGGUUUUAAUAAUAUUUUUUUUCUUCGAAAAUAACUUAGAUAUGAAUAAUAAGUAACCUUGGUCGAAUUUUUUUAUUACAUAACAAUUUUAAGUUGAUCAAAGGGAUUAGAAAAUAGAAGAGGGUGUGGCGAUUAUGAGUUGAUCACACUGUAUAUAUGCUAGAAUUUAAAAAAAAAUUCAUAUAUAUUCACCGGUUGCGACGUGAAAUAUUACAGAGUUUAUUCCAUAUGUUGAUUAAUAAAUAAAAAUCUUAUCAAAAAUAAUAUUGAUAUUAAAUGUCCAUAAACUUACAGCUUUUUUUGUGUUUGAACCUUUACAAGUCGAAAAUGUUUCAAACAUAUAUUUGAGUGUGUUUUUUUCUUUCAAACUAAUCGUAUAGUCUUCCAUUAAUUAUUAUUGUAGUAACUACCUUGUAUGGAUGUAGAUAUUGGGGUAUCGUAUACACCGCAACCCAAAGGUUGUAUUGUGUUCCCCUUUUCGUUACUGGGGAACCCAAUGUUCACAGCUGUUCCAAUAAUUUCCCUCCACUUCGAAAAAAUGUGGAUAGAGAUUUUAUUUCCUGUGAAACAGAAUCUGCACUCUGCAUUAUCUGCUAUGCCUAACGUCUUCAGAUGUCCAUUGAGACAGGCAGACCAGAUCUCUGGUUAUAGUUUCCCAACGGAGUCUGUGCCUAUAGAUUAUCCCAGUAAUUUGUUUUACCUUAUUUUCCUCUAUUGUUCUGUAGACGAUACCACAGAAGGGUUCAGGUCUUGCGAAAGGUUUCUUUCUUCGAAAUCACUACUAUCAAUAUUUUUGUUAUCUUCUUGCUCAGUUAAUUCCUCGAGCUCAUCAUUAGAAAGAUUAGCUGCUGUUUCUUGGAACUAUUUCUUCGACGUCUUCCACAUUUACCUCAUCUGAACCGGUUUGUUUCGGUAGAUCCACCAUUUCAUCUAUAUCGACAUAAUGUCUUUGGUCUUAAAUCUGGUUAAAUAUCCUUUCUAAUAUCUUUCUGUUAUCUUAUUCCAAGAGAGGUUUAUGUAUUCUAUUAUUAAUUGAUUCUCUUCUUCGUCUGCUUUUUUAAACAUCUGCUUGAAUGUUUACCUCUAGUAAAAAAUCUUAAAAUUGGAUAAAACCUCUUGGUCCAUUGGUUGGAUUGAGGAAUACAUGUUGUUAAGUCUGAUAAAUUUGUUAGGUGCGCUCUUUCUUUAAGUUUUUUAACGUUCAGGGGAAAAUUUUCAUAGUCCAAAUCAAAUGUACAGUGGAUUUAGAUAUGCCUUUCAUCGGUGUUGGUUUUCCGGAGUUAUAAAUUAUUAGUGGUUUUAAUUUGAAAUUUCCGCUUGCCUUACCACACAGUAGAAACGUUGAGGAAUCGUUUACAGCUUUAAAUCCUGGUGCUCGAAUCUCUGCACGGGAUAGAAAUGCGUCCAUACAGCACAGCACCAAAUGAGAAUCACAAUUACACUGUUUCAAUAAAAAAAACAAGUUGAAGAGCGUUCCAAUUAAUUAGUUGAUGAAUUAUUAUAUGAAAAAUAACCAAACUGCAACUUUUAGAUUAAUAAAAUGGCACUAAUCGUAUGUGUUUAAUGUGCAUGUGUCCGGGAUCAUGCACCAUGUCAAGUGCUCUUUAUAAGUCGCAAGUUUAUUUCUAUCUACCUCGAAUUAGCUCUCUAAAAUAUGAAGUGAAAUAAGAGUAUUUGAAUAAACUCGGUGAUAUUGACGUAACCGAUAUGAAUACAGGGUGUUUGGUAGUAUUUAAAUAAUAGUUUUUGUAUGUUUCGUUAAAAUAUUCCAAUUUUAAGUGCCUCCACAAUACGCUAUUAGAAAUUGCAUUAUGACAAUAUUAAUUGAAGAUUUUGUUAUUUAUUGGAAACUAUUGUGACAAUCGGUUUAUAAGUAUUUUCUAAAAUAAAAUAAAAAACCGAUUAAAUAACUUUAUUGUGAUUAUUUACUAUUUUCUCUAGAACUUUUAUGAAUUAUUCAAUAAAAUUAUUUAAAAACGAA